AUGGAAAGAAACAGCAAGGGCCGGAAACGGUCCAGCCGAAGCAGGAACAGCAAUCAUCACCAGAAGUAAUAGUCAACGAGAAUGGAGGAGCAACCGAGAAGCAAUCCACCAGGGAGAAGGAAGGCGGCCUUGAAAAGGCCAUAGACACGAUGGACUAAUGGCCCACGCGGGCCGCAUCCUACAUCCAACGUGAAUCGUUCGGCCAAGGUACAAGACCUGCUCUUGUAGACCAUGGCCGAACGAGGAGCGGGAUUGGCUGUGGUCGCCGAGCCACACAUCAUCCUUGACAACUCCUGUUGGGUCGGGGACACGUCGCACUGGUGAGGACGGGGACCAACGCCUCCGCCCAGUUCCGUGA